AUGUCAAGCACGAAAUAUGAUGACAUGCUAUUCGAGAUGUUAAAAGAAUGUAAAACAUUGCCCACAUUUUUAGAAGAAAUAUUUGGUUUUCUUCAAAGAAGGACAGACUUUUACCGUGUGGCAACCGAAGCUAAUUCUCCUGUGGGACUACCAGAAGGCUUAGCAGAGAAGCUUGUGCGACAAUCAUUCUAUAAGUUCAAACCGCCAAAAACGCCAAAUAUUUGUAAUCUAAACGAGCUAUCAGUGGCAAACGAAGAAAUCGUUACAGAGACUAUCAAUGAAAUUAACGAAGUAACUUCUUCAACCAAAGAAGACCCACAGGAGCUCGUUUUCUCCAAGUCAGAUUGCUAUAAUGGAGGAGUUUUCGACAACUACUGUUGGUCCCAAACCAUAACAGAUAUCGAUGUUAUAGUUAAAAUACCCAAAAAUUGUACGAGUAGAGAUAUCGAAGUGAAAAUAUCCCCCAACAACUUACACGUGAAGUUAAAAAGCGGCGAAGUUUUGCUUAAAGGGGACCUCCACAAAAAAUGCAAAGCCAACGAUGCAGUCUGGUCUGUGGACGGUCAGAAACUCCUGAUUCACUUAGAAAAAACGCAGGAAAUGUGGUGGAAUUGCCUGACGAACAACGAACCUCAACUCGAUGUAUCCAAAUUGGACUGUUCGCGACCUUUCGAGGAACUGACCGAAGAAGCUCAAGCCAAAAUCGAGGAGUUGCAGUGGAAUCAACAGAGGAAAAUUUUAGGUCUGCCCACAUCCGAAGAAUUAGCCAUGCACGAAACGUUAAAGAAGGCCUGGUCAGCGGAGGGGUCCCCGUUCAGCGGGCCCUUCGAUCCCACUUGCGUUAAAUUUAAUUAA